AUGGCUGCAGAUUCCAUCCGCACCGCGUCAUCGUCACCGCCGCCACGCCACCGCGGCCCCACCCAUGAAUUCUCACACGAGGCGUCCUCCUCAUGCGCUGCGGGGGCGCAGCCGGUGCCCUGUGAUAGCCGCGCCGUGGAGGACGUGCUCGACAUUGACUCUCCGUGGGUCGCGGCGGCAGAGGCUGGCUCGAGGCUGGAUGGAGCCGCGGUGGCUGAGAGCGAGGCGGACCAAAACGAGAUACAAAUCAACCAGGAGCGACAGGAGGGCGAGCUGAUGGCAUUGGAAGCAAUAUACGCGGGUGACCUUGUUCAAUUUGAAAGCAAAGGAGGGCUCCGCUAUUUCCAGAUUUGCAUACGUUACGAUCUUCAUGAUGGAGCUCAAGUGUGUGCCAGGCUUUCUUCUGCCACUGAAUAUACAAAACAUGGAGGAUGUGCUGAUGAUGAUACAGAACAACAUGAUGCUGCACCUGAUGAAUUCUCCUACACCUGCAACUUUGAGUACUUGCCUCCUUUGAUAUUGACAUGCCUACUUCCAAAAUCGUAUCCUAGCAAAGAGCCCCCAAAUUUUACUAUAACCGCUAAAUGGAUGGAUGGGCCUGAUGUUUCUCAACUCUGUGGGAUGCUUGAUACCAUUUGGGCAGAGCUGCCGGGGCAGGAAGUGGUAUAUCAAUGGGUCGAGUGGAUACGCAAUUAUUCAUUGUCAAAUCUCUGGUUUGAUGGAAAAAUAUUCUUAGGUCAAGAUAAUCAGAGACACAACGGAGAUCCGCGUGCAAUCUCAAGAAGUCUCCCAUUGGAGUCUGUGGUCCCUUCCAUGCUCAGCUACAGUAGCAAGAAACGUUACCAAGCUUUUCUUGAGGAUCUCCAUAUGUGCAUGAUAUGCCUUAACCAGACCAAAGGUUCAAACUUCAUCAAGCUUCCGUGUCAGCACUUGUAUUGCGUUAAGUGCAUGGAAACGUUAUGCAGGUUGCAUGUGAAGGAAGGCACUUUGUUUCAGUUAGUAUGCCCUGACACCAAGUGCAAUGCUUCCCUUCCACACUAUCUGUUAAAGAGGCUUCUUAGCAAAGAAGAGUUUGAACGCUGGGAUAGGCUUGCUCUUGAGAAAGCGUUGGACUCGAUGGCAGACGUGGUUUACUGCCCAAAGUGUGUGGUGGGUUGCGUGGAGGAUGAGGAUAACAAUGCGGAAUGUCCGAAAUGUUCAUUUACCUUUUGUGGGUUUUGCAAGGAAUUAUGGCAUCCAGGGAAGCAGUGUCUAACUCCAGAACAAAAGCUCCAACGCCGGAAGGGGUCAGGAAGGAUGACUGAGAGGCAGGUGGCUCAAGAACUAGCGAACAUCAGAGAGUUAUACAAAGAUGUUCGGGUGUGUCCGAAAUGCCGAAUUGCCAUCGCCAAAAGUGAAGGCUGCAACAAAAUGGUGUGUGGAAAUUGUGGACAGUUCUUUUGCUUCCGGUGCGGGAAGGGGAUCCGUGGCUAUGAUCAUUUCACGAACUGUCGUCUCUUUGAGCCUCAUGAUAUAACAGACUUUGAGAGAGAAAUGGACGAACUGCAAUUUGGAAACCAGAUGCGGAAUCAGUUGAAACCAGUAGGCGCCAUGGUGAGAUGUCCAAGGUGUCGUUCAAUGACUUUCAAGGAUGACGAGAAAUAUAUCUUUUGUGUGGCGUGCGGAGCAAGUACUUGCACAAUGUGCAAACGGACGAUCGAGAGUAGGAGGAUGCAGCAGGGGCAUUGGGGGUCAUCAGAAUGCUACUAG